AUGUUCGACAAUGGGGAAUCCGUGUGGUCGUUCAUUACAAUCAUAGUGUGUAUAGCGUUCACUGUACUCGCCUUCCUCUGGAUGCACUUCUGCUACUUCCCGGGCGGCUACAAACGGAGCGAGGUCAUGGACAUGGGCGAGUACGCAAUGAUAGUUGCCGCGCAACGGCUAAACAAGCUCGAAGAUAAAUCCAAGGAGGAAUAUCCAGAAGACGCGGACGAGUUGUACUACGAGCGGAAUCCCGAGGAUGGCGGCGAGGAUCACGGCGAGGAAGGCGGAGACUGGCAGAGCCAGGCGGACCCCGAUGUGGAGCAGCCUGGAGAAUAUUACGAGGAGGAGGAGACCCCGCGAUACGACCCAUCGGUAACCACCCCCUCAUCGCAACCAUCAGCCGGGGAUCGCGACACCUCCAGCUACAGGGACGACCGCAGCGAUUCAACAUACACCGCCUCGACGCCGCACUCCUCUGGCUACUAUUAUUGA